ACACAUCGAGCACUUCUAACAAAAAUCAAGCUCAGUUUACAUCAGCUUUUUUGCAUUGUUUCUAGCAUUAUAUAUCUUAAGAACAUAAAGAUGAAGCCACAGUACUUGCUCUCUUCAUUUUCAAUUUUUCUUCUUUUCCUCCAUUGUACCAAUACCUUUGCCCAGUCACCAGCUGCAGCCCCGGCUCAGGCGCCAGCAGUGGUUGCAUCACCUCCAGCUGCAACCCCAACACAGGCAGCUGCACCGCAUGGCAUCACCAACGUCACCAAAAUCCUUGAGAAGGCUGGACACUUCACGAUCUUUAUCCGCCUUUUGAGAUCCACUCAAGAGGAAAACCACUUAUUCUCCGCGCUAAAUGACUCAAGUACUGGUUUAACAAUCUUUGCUCCAACGGAUAGCGCAUUUUCGGAACUGAAAUCAGGAACUCUCAACACGCUAAGUGAUGGAGACAAGUCCGAGUUAGUGAAGUUUCACGUAGUUCCAACAUUCCUAUCAACUUCCCAGUUCCAGACCGUAAGCAAUCCUCUCGGAACAUGGGCCGGAACAGGUAGCAGGUUACCACUUAACGUGACAAGUUAUCCAAACUCGGUGAACAUAACCACAGGACUUACCAAUACAAGUUUAUCUGGAACCGUAUACACAGACAACCAGCUAGCCAUUUAUAAGAUUGAAAAGGUACUCCUCCCUAAGGACAUUUUUGCUUCUAAUGCUCCAGCUCCAGCACCAGUGGCACCUGCACCAGAGAAGCCAACAAAGGCAGUUCCUGCAGUAACUGUAGAGAGUCCUGCAGCUUCUGUGGAUAUAUCUAGUGCCCUUAUAUUUACUCAUAAUGUUGUGGUGGGAUCAGUUGGGUUACUUGCUUCUGCAAUGUUUUCUCUGUAAUGUAGAAGGAUUUCGAAUCUUGAUAUGAUAUAAGUAGGGGUUGUGUCCGGUUUGGUGCUUUAUUUUGCUGCGCCGGCUGAUUGUGUGUUGAAUAAUUCUGAUUUUACCUUGAAUCCAGUUUGUAUGAUUUGAGUU